AAUACGUAAACACUAAUUCACUGAAAAAGACAGACCGGGGGAAGCUAAAUUGUCUUUCGGUUCAACCUAUUUUGUCUAUAGUUGUGACGCGAUAGAAAAGGUGGGAGGGCCGACAGGAAGAAGAGAGCGAAAACAUAAUUCAGUUCGUAGACUCCUGCAUUGAAGGGCUUUGCUGAACCGGAGGACCUGUUGUUCUUUUUUUAAUCUGUACUUGGCUUAAUGAAAUUACCACAGUAUACCUUUGAUAAUAAGGAACUCGCUCUUCCAGCUGUCAUUGUGCGCAGGUCAGGUUGUCAGGGGAAUCACUGAAGUCAGAUGGGUCAGGCACUGUGGAGGCUGCCUCCCAGACAACAGCAGCAGCUUCAGGAAGAGCUAGCUGAUCGACUGGCUGAGAGAGGAGGGGGAGGAAGACAGGAGCAAGGGAGAGAUGCAGGUUCCCAGAAAAGAGCUCCACAGCACUGCUAUCGGCCUGACAUCUAUCAACUGCUGAGAACACGCAGUGGCGGUAAGGAACCACAUGGUUUUAUAGACUUGGAGAUGCUGCCACCCGAACUGGGCAUCACCAUACUGUCAUACCUGAAUGCUACUGAUCUGUGCCUGGCUGGAUGUGUGUGGCAGGGUCUGGGAAAUGAUGAAUAUCUUUGGCAGGGGCUAUGUAAGUCCACUUGGGGCCACUGCUCCAUCUACAACAGAAGGCUACCUGCUGGUUUCUCAUAUAGAAGACUAUACCUACAGCUAGAUGAAGGCAGCCUGACAUUCAAUGCUAACCCACAGGAGGGUAUCAGUUAUUUCAUGUCCAAAGGUAUACUAGUGGAUCACCCCACUGAGCUGGCAAAGUUUAUUUUCUACACCAGACGGCUCAACUGGAAGAUGCUAAGGAUUUAUCUGGAUGAGAGACGGGAUGUCCUGGAUGAAUUGGUGAAGCUCCAUAACUUCAGUAACCAGUUUCUCCCCAAUGCUCUGCGGGAUUUCUUCAGACACAUCCAUGCGCCUGAGGAGAGAGGAGAAUAUCUGGAAACCCUUAUUACCAAGUUCAGCCACAGGUUUUGUACCUGUAACCCUGGGCUUGUUCGAGAGCUAGGCCUCAGUCCUGAUGCUGUGUAUGUGCUGUGCUACAGCCUUAUUUUGCUCUCCAUCGACCUCACCAGCCCACACGUGAAAAACAAAAUGUCCAAGAGGGAGUUUAUCAGGAACACACGACGAGCAGCACACAAUGUUUCGGAUGAUUUCGUAGGCCACCUCUACGAUAACAUAUACCUGAUCGGCCAUGUUGCUGCGUAGCUUCAACUGUCAGCUGACCGUACUGCACUGAAAAAAUAAGAAUCGGCUUCGUGUCUAAAAGUAUGGAUCACCACAGAAAUGGAUUUGAACAAUUUUUCACAUCUUACGAGGAAUACGACAGCUUAAUCUUACUGGAACGAUCAGAAGAAGAAAUAAAAUUGUCACUCCACUGCGAGAGACACUGUGCUACCAAAAAUUAAUGUUGACUUACACAUGUGAAAGAACCUAAUUUCUUUAAAACCCAGUCACUGCAGAGGAGGAGAUUUGAAGUAGAGCCACAAAGAUACUGCACUGAUUGAAAGGGACUACUGACUGAUGGAGGAAGAGAAGGAAAAGCUUCAUCUUCAGUCUGUUUUCAGAUGUCAGGGUAAUUCUGCUGAUUCCAUUCAGCUAAGCGCUGCUCAUCUCUCAGCUGCAGGAUGAAGCCUGGCUCACUCUUGUUGGUAGUGACACACGAAAUUAAAAGGGAGCUAACACAGUAUCAAACAUACCAUCAGUUUAAUAAGAAUAUUAAUUGUUAAGCAUUUGAGCCCAUGGUAUAAACAGUAGGCUUCAUGCAAACAUUGAUCAGCUGUAUGGAUACUAUGGCUAAGUAGAUCAGUUGUAGACAGUGUUUUUGAAACUGCUUUGCUGAUUAAGCCUAAAUAUGUCUCAAAACCCUCCGAACUAUAAUUUAACCAUUGGGUUCUCAUCCUGAGGCAUAAGAGUCAGUACACAUGAACACUAAACGAUGCCAUGUAACAAUCUGUAACAAACAGAAGUUAUGGAAGCUAUAAUACUACUGUGGCAACGCUGAAGUCAAACAGAAGAUUCCCGCUGCAAGUCGGAAAGAUUUUCUAAUUAUAUUAAUGAAAGAAAAUUUGAGACACUCUACAACCACAUGUAGUUUAAAAUGAAUGUGUGAAAAUACUGUUCUUGCAGGAGGGCUGCUGUUGUAAAUUUUAAAUAUUGCAAAUUGCAAUACAGUUGAUUGUUAGUAACAGCUAAUAAACAUGCAUAUCUUCAGUAUCUUUAGUUACUUAAAUUUAGUUGAAGGUAAGUGUGUGAUUUAAGAAAAUGUGUCAUAGCAGUGGCUUGGUGGUGAUGGAGAUGGAUGGCCAUUAGCAGAGAAAUAGCUCAAAUCAAGUGUAGAAGGAGAUAAUGUUAGCCAAGAAAAGAGGAGUAUUAUUGGGUCUUUUGGGGAUUUGUCUCCUGAACAGGGGUGGAAUGCCAGAACUCUGUAAAUAACAGUAAUAACAGAGUAUAAAUAUGAUUCUGGGGCAUUCAUAAAACUGUGUCCUGAACAGUGCAUGAGUUUAGCCCAACUACUACAGUUUAGUUUUAUUUCCUGAACAAAAUAAGUCUUCCACUUCGUUCUGUGACAUUAAUCACAUGUAGUGUAAUUCUGUUUUACAGUAAUACCACAACCCCUGCAAAAGCAGUCCCAUGCUUUCAGAGAUCAGUGAGAAUAGAUUAGAGUGCAAUGAAGAGUAGGACUCAGUAGUCUCAAGUUUUAUUUUGCUUUCUAUUUAUACUAUCUAGCUGUACAGUGUCUGAGCUGUUAUUGAUGGAUUUGUAAGGUAACGCUACAAUGGGGAGGACAUAGAUUGAUUGUGGAUACAGAUACUCAUUCUACCUUUAAGUUUUGCUUAAAUCCUUUAAGUUAUGCUUCGGGUGCUGGGGGGCUCCCUAUGAUGCGCGGAGCACUUCUUCUUCACUUACCUCUUUGUUUUCAUGCCAGUACUAUAUUUAAUUAUUAGCAAUGAUUAAACUCUGGUUCUCUCCUGUAGUGUGCUUCCUGUCCUGUCUCUCUCUGCUCUCCCAUCUUCUCCUUUUAUUCCCCACACAAUACUCACUCUGUGCUCGUAGCUUCUAACAGUGAGUGCCAACAGCCAGAAUGUAGCUGCAGCUAAAGGUGAAGUAUCACAAUGUUCACUUAAUGUAAGCAUAGCAACAAGACAACACAUUUUCUAUGGUUUAAAUAAGGGUUUGAUUUUUUUUUUUUUUUUUUUUUUUUUUUUACCACAGUGUGAGUAUUGUAAAACAGUCAAAAGAUACUGGUUUUGUUUUCUGUCCAACUCAUUCUCUUCUUUAGAUCAUUAUCACUCACUCAGAAAUUUGACACCAAUGUUUAAAUUAUGAAAUCUUUAUUGUUGUUUUUUUCUGUGUUCUUAUGCUAUGAAAGUCAAAAUGCACUGAGAACUUGUUCCAAGGAUGUGUCUUUAUUUUCCUGACAAGUUUCAACCAAGGGAGAAACUUGUGGCAUUCCCUCAGAACAAGCGAGACAAGCAAUGCUCCUCUUGUCAAAAUUAAAACAUAUGAAAG